GUGAUGACUUAAGUUUACGUACCGGCGUCGAGCUGCGCUCAGAAAACAGCGCAGUAACACAAACGAUCCCCAGGAACUGCCCAAGUCAAACUCAAAACCCGGCCCUGCCGAGCUACUCACGAUGGUUUUAGAAACAAUUUCAAAGAUAAUAAAAGUGCAGCUUCCGGCCUACCUGAAGAAGCUGCCGCUGCCGGAGACGGUUGGAGGUUUCGCGAGGUUAACAGUGUCUGAGUGGCUCCGGUUGCUGCCCCUCCUUGGCAUUUUGGCCCUGCUGGGCUACCUGACCAUUCGUCCGUUCCUGCCUAAGAAAAAAAAGCAGAGAGAUAGCCUGAUCAACUUGAAGAUCCAGAAAGAGAACCCCAAAGUGGUCAAUGAGAUAGACAUUGAGGACUUGAACAGUGCAAAUGUGUGUUACUGUCGAUGCUGGCGCUCCAAAACUUUUCCUGUUUGUGAUAAGUCACACUUAAAGCACAACGAACUGACCGGGGACAACGUGGGACCUCUCAUCCUCAAAAAGAAGAUACUAUAAUUGACCACAGAAAGAAGUCUAUGUCUGACUAGUCUGUGCUUCAUCCUUUCCUGGUAUUUUGUUUUCCUCAUAAAAUGCAGUCCAUUGAAUUUUUCUAGUUGGGGUAGUUUUGUGUGGUUUUUAUUUUUUAUUUUUUAGUUAAGCUCUCAUUGGUUUUCUAAUUUACAUACAUAAUUGUUUAUAUAUGACUUUAAAAAGUGUUUGACUCUAUAUGUCGGGAUUAAAUUCAGUUUCACUGGGACCACUUUAAUGGAACAACCCAAAGCGUUAACUUUAUGAAAUCUUCUUAUAAUGUGACCUGGAGCUUCAGGGCUGGUGUUUGUUCCACUCAGUAUAAUGGUUGUUUAAAUGAAAUACCCAAUCUAUUAGUCCAACUUGCAUGUAACAUUUUGCCUUGUAUGCCUUCAUUUAGUUGUUUCUAGACCAGGG